GUCCAGUACACCCCCUUAGCGACGUGCAUGUAUGUCCAAAGGACCGACUUCUAUGAUAUAUGGGUUGUUAUAGUUGAUAUUUCUCUGAUGUCAUUAAAAUGGUCCAACUUCGUGUAUAGCAUCAGUGGCAGAGCUGGAAAUAAACUUGCUGCUGUGAUAAUGGUUGACGUCGUAGCAUUAGCAGUUGUAGUUGUGGCAUAUGCUUUUGUCUUUGUUACAGGUCUUUUGUUAGUGAAAUUCACUCGACGCAACCAAGAAUGUACGCAACUGGAGUUCGAGUUAGUUGCUGGAAGAAACCUUUCUGUUUUCCUUGGAAUUUCUACUAUGACAGCUACCAUUGUUGGCGGAGGGUUUUUAAAUGGUACUGCUGAGUCUGUGGCCACUUAUGGUUUAGUCUGGACAUUAGCCCCUGUAGGAAUCCUCUUUGGCUUAAUAUUUGGUGGACUCAUAUUUGCCAAAAAGAUGCGUGAAUGUAAAUAUAUGACGAUGUUGGAUCCAUUUCACAAAAAGUAUGGCUCUCUGAUGGUUAUUCUGAUUUACCUAAUAGCCCUGUUUGGAGAUCUUCUGUGGUCAGCUUCCAUUCUUAUUGCACUUGGAACCAGUCUGGGAAUAAUGACCGGCAUUAAUACAAACGUAGCAAUUGUGAUAUCAGCCCUUGUAACUAUUGUUUAUUCUGUCAGUGGUCAGAUGUUUGCAAUUGUUUAUACAGAUGUUAUUCAGCUGGGAUUUAUUAUUAUUGGAAUGUCUGUGUGUACUCCAUUUAUACUUUUGGAUGAAAGAGUAGCCAGCAUCUCUUCAACAAAGAACAAAUGGCUUGGUUCUGUAUCAAAAGAUGAAAUUGGUGUUUGGACUGAUCUUUUCAUCACUAUGACUUUUGGAACAAUUCCUUGGCAGUCAUUUUUCCAGCGAGUCCUGUCAAUGCAAAGUGCUUUUUACUCUCAGGUUUUGUCCUUCUCCGGUGCUCUGUUUGCAGUUAUUCUUGUCAUUCCUGCAGUUCUGAUUGGAGCUGCUGGCAUAUCAGCAGACUGGAAACAGACAGAACUUGGUGUGUCUCCAAUACUUGUAAAUCAGAGUUAUAUGAUACUGCCAUAUGUUAUUAAAGAGUUUACUCCUAGAAUUCCUUGUUUACUUGGUAUGGCUGCUAUAUCUGCUGCGGUCAUGUCUUCAGUGGAUGGAGCUUUCUUUGGUUCUGGGUCUAUGUUUACAUAUAAUAUCUACAGAGAGGUCAUUAGAAAAAAUGUUUCUGAAAGAGAACUAUUGAUCGUGCUGCGGAUAGCUGUCAUUCUAAUUGGAACAUUAUCAACACUUGUUGCUAUAUACAUUUCUACUGUUUACGGACUUUUCAUCCUUGCAUCUGAUUUCGUCUUUGUCAUCAUCUUCCCUCAACUGAUUUGUGUGGUGAUGUCGAAACAGUCAAACACAUACGGAGCUUUGGUCGGCUUCAUUCUAAGUCUCAUCCUACGACUGGGCGGGGGUUCAUCUGAUUAUUUAGACAUUCCUCCUUUCAUCCACUUCCCAUUUUACAGCAAGGAGAAGGGACAGUUGUUUGCCUUCCGAACAUUUUCCAUGUUAGUUUCUUUAUUUGCGAUAAUCUCUGUCUCCUGGACGUUCAAGUGGGUCUUUCAGAAGAAUCUGUUGUCAAAAAAGUGGGAUGUCUUAAAAUGUUUCACUUCCGCAUCGAGCUACUCCUUGACGAGUACCACAUCAUCCCGUAAUGCCUUGCCACUGACGCCAUCAACACCAGUUAUUGAUGGUAAUGGAAACCUCCCAGAUGGACUUAUUCUUAAUUGUGUCGAUGCCUGAAUGAAAAAAAAAAUCUGUCUCUCAAAUAUCACUAUUGUCUUAAUAAAAAGCAUAUUAGAUAAUAUAGUUCCAGGUGUGGCUGUUUAAAAGUGCAGAUGUGGCUAUGUG